UGGCCUUUAGUUCUGAAUUUUAUGUUUUGCUCGUUGUACGCGUGUCUGGUCAAUCUUCAUAUAAAAACGGAGGACUACAGAUAUCCAAACAUUAGUAGGUUACAAGCUUAUCACUGCAAAGCAGAGAUUAUACAAGAUAUCCAGUCAUCAUGUUCAAAUUCAUUGUCCUUACAGCCGUUUUGGCGCUGGUAGCAGCCGACAAUAUCGACAAGGAUGCCCAAAUCCGUAGCCAAGCCAGCGACAUUAGCCCAGAUGGUUCAUAUUCUUGGGCCUUUGAGACUUCAAACGGAAUUGCCGCUCAAGAACAAGGCGUAGGUGGAGUGCGAGCUGCCGGCGCGUCUUCUUAUGUUUCUCCCGAUGGAACCCAAAUCCAACUCACCUACACUGCUGACGAAAACGGAUUCCACCCAGAAGGCUCCCACUUGCCACAGCCCCCACCAAUCCCAGAAUACAUCCUCAGAUCCCUGGAAUGGAAUGCUGCUCACCCAGAUCAUGAAAUUCCCGAGGAUCAACUCCGUCCCACUCUUAAACAUUUCUAAAUCAACUGUGCCAUUAGAAGAUACAAUUUAGUGUAGUAAAAGUCCAGAGUUGAAUGACGGAUAUAGUGCGGAAGUGAAGAAAUGCAUUCCGGAAAUCAAGUCGUUAUGCAGAUUUUUUUAUAAAUAUGCAGUAGUAAGCACGAAACACGUGCAGAAUUAGAAAAACAUGAAUUCAUCAUAACAUGUUGGGUAAAUGCCAAGUUCUUCCAGAUUUCAACUUAAGAUGCAUGCAAUUAGCAUACGAUUACUGCCUAAAUAUUCAUUGAGUGAAAUUAGUUGUCUAGUAUUAUAUUUAAAUUGUUCAUUUAUGUAAAUGCUGCCAAAUAUUGUUGUGUGAAAAAAUGCACCUUUUCAAUUCAAAUUUAAUAAAAAUUUUCGGAUUAA